CGCGGUGACGUUCCCACCCAGAGGCUCCUCCGCAGCGAUGUGAGGUGAACACAGAGAGGAGGGAGGAAGCAGAGGGUGAGCACUCAGUCCAGCACUCGGCAGCAUCAUGGCACCUAUCGGAUUAAAGGCGGUGGUCGGUGAAAAGAUUAUGAAUGAUGUAAUCAAGAAGGUGAAGAAGAAGGGAGAAUGGAAGGCACUGAUUGUGGACCAGCUGAGCAUGAGGAUGUUGUCGUCCUGCUGCAAGAUGACGGACAUCAUGACAGAGGGCAUCACCAUUGUGGAGGACAUCCUCAAGCGACGAGAGCCUCUUCCCAGCCUGGAGGCCAUUUACCUGAUUACACCCACAGAAAAGUCGGUCCACACCCUCAUCGGAGACUUUAAAGACCCUCAUUCAACUAAAUACAAGGCAGCCCAUGUUUUCUUCACUGACUCCUGCCCUGAUCCUCUGUUCAACGAGCUGGUGAAGAGCCGCGCUUCCAAAACCAUCAAGACUCUGACGGAGAUCAACAUCGCCUUCUUGCCCUACGAGUCUCAGGUGUACUCUCUGGACAAUGCAGAUGCCUUCCACAGUUUCUACAGCCCCCAUAAGACCCAGCUGAAGAACCCGGUGAUGGAGAGGCUCGCUGAGCAGCUGGCCACGCUCUGUGCCACCCUGAAAGAGUACCCUGCAGUCAGAUACCGAGGCGAGUACAAGGACAACGCCACCUUGGCCCAGCUGGUUCAGGACAAACUGGAUGCCUACAAGGCUGAUGACCCCACUAUGGGAGAGGGUCCAGAUAAGGCUCGCUCACAGCUGAUCAUCCUGGACAGGGCGUUUGACCCCGUCUCUCCUGUCCUGCAUGAGCUCACCUUCCAGGCCAUGGGCUAUGACCUGCUGCCCAUCGAAAACGACGUCUACAAGUAUGAGACCAGUGGCAUCGGAGACUCUCGUGAGAAGGAGGUUCUGCUGCAUGAAGACGAUGACCUGUGGGUGAGCCUGAGACACAAACACAUAGCUGAGGUGUCCCAGGAAGUGACACGCCAGCUGAAGGACUUUUCUGCCAGCAAGAGGAUGAACACUGGGGAGAAGACUACAAUGAGGGACCUGUCCCAAAUGCUGAAGAAGAUGCCUCAGUACCAAAAGGAGCUCAGCAAGUACUCCACUCAUCUGCAGCUGGCUGAGGACUGUAUGAAGCAUUACCAGGGAACAGUGGACAAGCUGUGCCGUGUGGAACAGGAUCUGGCUAUGGGCACAGACGCUGAAGGAGAGAAGAUCAAAGACCCCAUGAGGGCUAUCGUGCCCAUCCUGCUGGAUGCAAACGUCAGCACAUACGACAAGAUCCGCAUCAUCCUGCUCUACAUUUUCCUCAAGAAUGGUAUUACGGAGGAGAACCUGAACAAGUUGAUCCAGCACGCUCAGAUCCCCCCUGAGGACAGUGAGAUCAUCACCAACAUGGCUCACCUGGGCGUCCCCAUCGUCACAGAUUCCACCCUCCGCCGAGGAAAGAAGCUAGACAGGAAGGAACGUGUGAGCGAGCAGACCUAUCAGCUGUCCCGCUGGACACCACUGGUCAAGGACAUCAUGGAGGAUGCUAUCGAUGAUAAGCUGGACACCAAACACUACCCCUACAUCUCCACCCGCUCCUCUGCCUCCUUCAGCACCACUGCAGUCAGUGCUCGGUACGGCCACUGGCACAAGAAUAAGACACCUGGAGAGUAUCGCACUGGCCCACGCGUCAUGGUCUUCAUCAUCGGCGGCGUGUCCUUCAGCGAGAUGCGCUGCGCCUAUGAGGUCACACAGGCCAAUGGGAAGUGGGAGGCCGUCAUUGGAUCGACCGAAAUCUUCACCCCCACCAGCCUGCUGGAGCAGCUCAAGGCCAUGAACAAACCAGAAGAGGAAGUGACAAGCUAAAAUACCCAUAUUACAUCACUCUCCUCUUUACCUUAACCCCCCCCCCAUCUUACCUCUGUAUCCUUCCCCCAAAAAUUCUACAUUAAUUGUGUAUGCAUCUUGCUUGAGAAGAAAAAAAAAAGACAUCUUAAGGCCCUUUCAGACACAACAUGAUUUGCGCUGCACUCACCGCGGUUCAGCACACUCUGCGCCCAAACUUCAGUCUAGUUGAACUUACGAAAAGCCGUUGGAAGUAAUGGGUUUCAGAGCGCAGUGGUGCCGUUGUCACGUCGAGUCCGAAAGGGGCUUUAGAUGAUUAAAAAAAAAGAAAAAGAUAUGUUGUAUCAAAGAAUAAAAUUGUUGCAAGUAUUCUCAUGUUUUACAAUGGAUGCAACUAAAUAAACUUAUUUAAAAAAAGGUUUAAAUAUCAGAACAGAAGGCCAUUUAAAACUGAAAGUACCAAAAUGUAAUAUUGUAUGCUAUGAAACCUGCUAGAAUGUGUAAAAGGUAGACAUUUUCUCUUGUUUGUUCCUUUGGGUUUCCUCCUUGGUGUGAGUUUUAUUGGAAGCGGGUGGAGGAGGGAUGUGCAGUUUGAGAGGUUGCUGUUGUAAAAUAUAUCAUAUCAGUCAACAUGCAAUAUAUAUAUAUAUAAAAAUAUAUUCAUCAGAGAGGAGUCCCCACUGCCCAUUUCAGAUGUCCGUAUUCAGUAGCAUGCUUGGACUUGUGUGGACUGUUAAUGUGUUUGUAUCCCAUGUGGAUGUUUUGGGAGCCGCAUUUAGCUUUUUCCUAAGAUGUUGAGCUUAAAUACUUGUUUUGAGUAUCAAAAGUAUAAAAACUAUUUAAAAAAAAAUCAAAACCCCUCCUGAAGCAUUAUCCACUACUCAACGGUCUGUAAACUCAGCUGCAAGUUUAUUAGGUAUAGCCUACCUUACCAAAACUAUGGGAAUGUAAAUCUAAUGCAUUAUACUCUGAUGUGUGUUUAAUAUUUUGUCUACUAUGACUGAUUUAAAUGUGGUGGAUAGAAUAUUAUAAGCAGUCAGUAUGAAACAUCACCACUAACUGCAGCCCACAAAAUGAGCAUAAAGUGGUUAAUAAUCUCGAAAACUCCUUUUAAUGAUAAUAUAUACAACAAAAAAAAACAACUCUAAAAAUGUGGGUAAGAGUUAAGAAAUGUUUAUAUAUGUAUUUGGAAUGUAAAUUAAUCAAAUCUUUUGAAUAGGUGGAGCUUCCGUUUGUUAACUGGCAGGUGCAUAGCCGUUGUUUGUGUUCCAACAUGCUAGUUGCACGAAAAACCGCAUACGGCUAACUUCGCUAGCAACAAACGAUAGCUGUCUUUUCAUCCAUAUUUUGAUGGAAAUAUUAGGCUACUGUUUGGAACAUACUGGGCACAUAGUUGGACAGAGGAUAAGCGGACUAUGCUUCAGGAGUGGUAUAAGUUAUACGGACGUUUUGAUACAAUUUGUUCGCGGUGAAACCAUCGUGUAUCCAAACUAACUUUGGCGGCCGUCCUUCGCAACGUUCCAUCUUGUAAAGGUGAAGAACCACCGAUCGCCCCAUUCAUUUUUCUAUGGUACAAGAGCAUAGACUAUACAACAGUUAAGAGCCAAUGGACACGAUCGAAUCGCUUCGCAGGGCAUUGUGGGAUUCCAGGCAGCCACGCGAACAGCUUCGUUUACAUGAAGUUGAAAAUGUUUAACUUUAUGCAAAUGAGGAAAAAAGCUUUGUUGUUGCCUACUUUCUGGGAUCCGUCUUUGCUGUCCCUGGCCUCGACGAUCACAGAUACAAACAAAACCGACGUGUUGCUUGGCACAACGUCACGUAAACUGUGGGAGAAAGUGCAGGUUGCUUAUUUACACAAUGUUUGCUAAUGAGCAAGCUGAACUUACUCGCUAGCUUGCGACCGUUGACACGCCCAUCGCGACGAGCGAAAAAUGGCGGAGGCGAUGUUCCAGAGUGUUUGAUACUCAAAACAUCAAUUUCCGGUUAAGUAUACGUUUAAAAAAACGCUUGGUUUAGCAAACGUCGAAAGAGAAAGAGCUCCAAUUGAAUCAUCCCUCCUCCGGUUGCCGAGACUGUAAAGUAUUUAACGUUACUUGCCACAUUUUCCUUUGUCCGGAGAAACUUCACGUUUUAAUGUCGAAAAGGCCGUUGCUUGCUGAUAUUUAAUGAAUAAUAUUAAAAAGGGCCAGUUGUAUUUCAGUAUUGUAUCCUGUCAGAAUAAGUCUUAUCAUUGGUUAGUAAUGUUUAAUUGGGCCAUGCACUGAGUAGUGUUGUGUAUACGCCAUAUGUUGCUGUUUUAGCGUCUCACUGUUGACUGGUGAUAUUUCUGACUGUGAAGUAGUGAUACUUUUCCUUUAAAAAUGCCAAUGUGAAGCCGCCGUGUUUGUGAUGUUUAGCUGUAGCUGUUAGUCUUCAACUGGGAAAAAGAACUAAUAUAUAUAUUUUCUUUGUCUGUUUCCUCCUCUGGUGCAAUGUAAAACCCUUCAAUGGUGAAUGGCUUUGCAAAAAAGACAACCCACCCUUUUCACUUUUAGUCCCCCUUCUUUCCUGGCCAAACAAGUUGUAUAUUGCACUAUAAUGCGUUUUCUGUGAUGCAAACGCUUGACUUUGUGUUUAUUUUUUCUAUUAUAAUUUGCUGUUGUAUAGGGUUUAUUCUGUCAAAUCAAUUGAUUUAUAUCAAAAUUAUUUAUGAGAAAAAUGACGAUACAUUAGUCUGUCCUGAAACUGUUUUAACUUAUUGGGAUUGUAUGUUUGCAGAGUGUUGAAGCACAAACAAUACUUCCAUGUGUACCUAAUAUGUACUAAGGCUGUCUAAUAAAUUGGCUUCCAUUAA